AUGAUUGCCCUGCUGGAUCUCCCGCUGGAGUUGCCACUCGAUGCUCCUGCGCGCAAGGCCGGCCUCACCCUCUUCACCAGCGGCCUGCCAGAGUACCUCGCUAGAUGUACAUCUCUCUCUCUCUCUCUUACUUUGAGUCUUAUUAGGUACAUUGAUCUGCCGUCGCUGAUAUCAUGGCUCUCGGCUCGCCAGUACGCUCCCGAAGGCGGCUUCUCAGGCAGAACCAACAAGCUCGUCGACGGCUGCUACAGUCACUGGGUCGGCGGAUGCUGGCCCCUGAUCCAGCAGGCUUUGUCUGACCCAACUUCAGACUCCGAGUCCGAGUCGGACUGCGAACCCCUUUCCGCCCUCUACAGUCGCGAGGGCUUGACCAGAUAUAUCCUCAACUGCUGCCAGUCGCAGCAUGGCGGCCUGCGAGACAAGCCGGGGAAUGUCCAGCACAGACAUGUCAAUGUCAACUCCAACACCAGCAUCGAUGCAAGCAGUGGCUCCCUCGACGCUGCGUUCGGAUGGAGGUCUUCUCCCCUUUCGAUCAACAACAACGACGCUGCGGCUGCUGACACGGUGUAUGAGGCUAGAGACCGGCUGGCGGCACUGCACCCUCUUUUCGUCAUUCCGCAUGCUGCUGUCGACGCCAUUCAUUCAUGGUGCAGAGCCAAUCCCAUCUCCAUCUAA